AUGACGACUGAAUCCAAUAGUACUUCUGAGACAGUAGGUAGUACUUCGAAUACCUUAGAUCCCUUCCAUCCUUUGUACCUUCAUCCCUCAGACACACCGAGAAGUUUGUUAGUUUCAAUUCCCUUCUCCGGUGAGGGUUGUGGAGAAUGGAAGGAAGGUAUGAUUAUUUCUCUGUCCGCUAAGAACAAAAUUCAGAUAAUUGAUGGAUCAUUUACUCAACCUGCUGCUAAUUCCCCUCUCCUUCCACACUGGUUGAGAUGCAAUAAUAGGGUGAAGGCUUGGAUUAUGAAUGCUUUGACCAAAGACAUAGCAAAAACCAUUCUAUAUUACAAAACUGCUAAGGAGGCUUGGGAUAACUUAGCUGAUAGGUAUGGUGUAGCUAACAUGUCUCAGUAUUACACUUUACAAAGAGCCAUAUCUUCUACAUUCCAAGGCUCCUAG